UCUCUCCAUACAGACCCUGAGUAUGAUCAUUACGAAGAAAUGGUGGAUAUUGAGGGCGGUGAUUUUCUAUUAGGUUCUGCUGAUGCCGACCCUAAAGCAGGCGAAUCACCUCAGAAGAAGACACCAGUGAAACCAUUCAAAAUUAGCAAGUACCCAGUAACCAAUGCAGCAUUCAGAAAAUUUGUACGAGCAAAAAAGUUUAAAACGGAAGCUGAGGAUUUUAAAUGGAGUUUUGUAUUUGAUGCGUUUGUACCAGCAGAAAUAAAAAAUGAAAUUGAAGAACGUAUACCAAAUGUUCCAUGGUGGGUGCCUGUCCCAAAUGCAUACUGGAGACAGCCAGAAGGUAAAAAAUCGAGCAUUAGCGCACGACUCCACUACCCUGUAGUCCAUGUCAGUUACAAUGAUGCAAAGGCAUACUGUCAGUGGAGGGGAUGGAGGCUGCCGUCAGAGAAGGAAUGGGAAGUGGCAGCCCGAGGUGGGCUAGUGGGCAAGAAGUAUCCGUGGGGCAACCAGUUGGAAGAGGAUAGGAUGAAUAUAUGGCAGGGUGCAUUUCCUAAUGAAAAUGAUGAGGAAGAUGGUUACCAUGGAGUUGGUCCUGUCGAUGCAUUUCCAGCACAAAAUGAUUAUGGAAUGUUCGAUAUGGUUGGCAAUACCUGGGAAUGGACAUCAUCUACCUUUGGUCCAGCUCGAGGUGAAAAGCAGUUUGUUUUACGUGGAGGAUCCUAUCUUGAUACUAAAGAUGGCUCAUCCAAUCACCUUGUCCGUGUCACAACAAGAAUGGGUAAUACUGCAGAUUCCGGCUCAGACAACCUAAGUUUCCGAUGUGCUCAGUCAGUUGGUACCAAGCACACACAGACGCCACCAAAGGGUAAGAAAGCUGACAGUAUCGGUAAUAAGAAACGCCAAGAAGACGAUAAUCCUAAACCGCAACGCCAAACACGACCAAACCCAGCUGAUCUAAAUGCCGAAAAGUUUAAGAAAGGUAGUAAAAAGGCAGCGAAGGAAGAACUAUGACGACCGAGGUUUUUAAUAAAUUAAUUUAAGAUCAUUCCACAGAUUAUUCUAUAAGUACAGUACACUGAAUGCUUCAUGCAGUUUUAUACAGUAGUUGGCAACAGCGCCCUCCUCCCUUGCCCAUUUUUAUUAAUGUUUUGAUAAAUUAAAUUCACAUACAUAGAAAAAAAAAA